GAAGGUGGAAAUGGCAGAAGAAUCAAGCAGAAAUCAAGGCAGCAAUGGAAAAGGAGAGGACGAAGAAGAUUAUAUGGGUGAUCUGUCUCAGUUUCUUUCUCCUGAACCUACUAACCCUUCUAAAUUCUCUUCCAAAAAGAUUCCUAACACCAGUUCUUUGAGUUCCCAACCUUCCAAGAAAAAGUCAAAAAAGUUGAAUUGGCAAGAACAGCGUAAACUUGAUAGAGAAAGGAAGCAGCUAGAAGAGGAUGAGCAAACGUUAGCAAAAAUAGAUGCUCCAAUUCCACAAUCUAACAUAGGCUUCAAGUUGUUAAAGCAAAUGGGUUACAUCCCAGGCUCAGCACUUGGAAAGGAGGGCUUGGGUCGAGCUGAGCCGGUGGGGCUUGACAUUCGGCGGUCACGAGCUGGGAUUGGACGGGAGGACCCACUUAAGGUGAAGAGAAAAAAAGAGGAGAUUGAGCUAGAGACAAAAAAGAAGAAUGAGGAGGCUUUGAUGGCAGAAUUUGGUACUUGGCAAAAGUUACAAUGGCGGAGUCGGAGAGUUGUGGUAAAUUACAAGAAGGCAAAGGCAGCCCUUGAUCAACUAGAGAAUAAAGAAGUUGUAGCGCCCAAGAAGAAUGAAGAUGAAGAUGAGGGGGGACAGGAUGAAGAGGAAGAGGAAGAAGAAGUGACAGAAGGGGAUUUGCAAGAUAUAUUGAUGAAACUGAGAGAUGAAUAUCAGUACUGUCCCUUCUGUGGAUUUCAGUAUGAAUCGAUGGAAGCACUUUUAUCCAACUGCCCUGGAACAAACGAAGAUGACCACUAGAGUGGAGUUAAUUGAUUUAGACGUUUAAAUAAAUUUUUACUUUUAGUGAAUUCUGAUGAGUGAUGCCACUGUCGGUGAAAUGUUUGAGCUUCCUGCUGAUGGAAUUCAUGGAAGCAGGUGAUUAUCUGCACUUAGAUUGUUUUUUUUUUUUUUUUAAGUCAACAUGAGCCAAAAGCUGGAAUAUAGAUCAGUUAAACAGAGACUAAAACAGAGGAUAAAAAAAUAUAGUAUGCUUUGUAAACAUUCUUCAGGUUCUUUCGGGAUGUAAUUGUUAAAGCCAUGAAUCUAGGGUUUUUCAGCACACCACGAGUCACAAGAACUUAGGAGGUGUUUUUCUUUCAUUUUUAUGUAAGCUGAGUUCCAAUUUUCAGGACAUUGAUGUUUGACACUAAAUCAAUACUGAAAAGCAUCCAGUAGCAGCAGCACAUGAUGUUUUAA